AUGUGUCAAAGAGCGGUAAAUGAAAAGAAAUAUAACGAUGAAAUAGAUGAAUUAGACGAUAAGAGCAUGCGUCUUCAGAAAACGGCUUCAAUAGGAAUUUGUAGUGCAUCGUCGUCGUCGCUAUCUUCACCAUCAGGAAUUUCAUCGUUAUAUAUGAACGAUACAGUUAACAAUUCAUCGCCAUCGGUUUGUGUUGAUUCAUCAACAACAACGAUAGCAACGACGGCAACAACGACAACAACGACGGUAACUACGGCAUCAAAUACGAGUACAUCAUUAAAACGUGCUGCAACUGACAAUAAUGAAAAUAUUGCCGAAAAAUUAUUGAAGAUUGAUCCAUCAUUUGAUGAUUAUAAGAAUGGUUUAAUUGGUAUCGCAGUGAAAACAGAUUCAUCUGCAGUGCUGAGCAUAUCACCAAGAAUUUCGCGUGCUCAAACUAUUAAUGGUCCUAUAUAUGACACGUCAAGUAAUAAUAGCGCAAUAACAUGGAAUGCUAACAAUAAUGGAGGACAGAGGUCACGACCUCAUUCUGUUUCGGUUGAUUCUCGAAAUAACCCAUCGACUUCUAUUGAAACUGGACAUCCUGUCGAUCCAGGUCAUGACAUUCCGUCAACAUCUAAUAGUUUAAUUAAUCAUUUACAAGAAACGAAUUCAACUGGUUUAAUAAAUUCUUCUAGUAAUACGGAUCAUCAACCAUCGCCGUCGUUAUCAGCGAUUCGUGAUACUGCAAAUCGUCUAUCAUCGAAUCAUUUGUCAUCAGUACCAUCGGUCCCUGUUUCAGCAGCAGCAUCAUUAUUCGAUAUACGGCAAGCGUUUAUUAAUAAUCCAAAUUUUGCUGCUAUUGCGAAUAAUGCAGUUGCAGCAGCUGGAAAUAAUUUCGGUAAUUUAUUUUUACCUGGUGCAUCACCAAAUGCCGCAGCUGCAGCUGCUGCUUUCCCAUAUAUUGCUGCACAUCUUUUACAACAGCAACAACAGCAGCAACAGCAACAACAGCAACAUGUUCAGCAGACAUUAUCGUUGGCGCAAAAUACUGUACCAUCGUCACCAUCAACUGGGCCAAUAUCACAAGGUCCACCAACAGUUAGUGGUGUUAUUGGAGGUCUACAGUUUCCACCUGGUGCUGCUUUAGGACCACAAUUGGCUGGUGCUGCAUUGCUUGGUCGUGCUUUACCUCCUGCUGCUAUGUCAUCGAUGUCACAAUCGUCAUUACCAAUUAAGCAAACAAAGCAAGGUCGGUGGUGUGGCAUGCAUAUAAAAAUAGCUUAUGAUAUAGCAGCUAAAAAAGAAAGGCGUUCAACUCCCCAACCGUCAUCGUCGAUGAAUGCAACAACGUCAACUGCUUCUUCAUCAACAACAACAACAAUAUCACAAAAUAUUUCCAGAGUUAACUCAUCGUUAUGUCUACCAUCAACUUCAAAUACCCAUAUUCCUGGGCAAUUUACAGUUCCUGUUUCAAAGAUUGGUGAGUUAACAACUGGUCUUACGAUGUCGGCAAUCGCUGCAGCGAAUGCCCUUCAAUCGCCUUUCAAUACAAUUCCAUUUCAACAAAUUGCUGAUCCAAAUAAAUUUUCUCGACAAACGACGACUCCGAAACAAUUGGCAGUUUCGAAUCGUUCGUCAUCGACGCUUAAUCGAAAUUCAGCUAGUGGAAUUUCAUUACCAAUAGGUAGUGGACUUCUUGGCGCUUCGAUUGGGAAUGCAUUGGCGCCAUCGUCAUCAUUGCAUGGUGUUACUGGAGCCACUAUGAAUAGUACCACUGGUUUGCCAAAUGUUGUCGGUGCAACGUUACCGCUAACGCCAGCAUCGCUAUCCGAUUCUACUUCGAUCGCAGCAAGCACAAAUGAUGCGGCAGCGAUGUUCGCUGCACUUGCACAACAGCAUGGCGCUGGCGCCAAUGCUGCUUCUACACCGUCGGCUGUUAAUCUUGCUGCAGUUGCUGCAGCAGCUGCAGCAGCGUCAUCAAAUCCUUUUGCACUAUCCCAGCAGGCAUCUGCAGCUGCUGCACUGUCUGCGAAUCCAUCACAAGCACAGCCCUUGUUUCCUGCUCAGCGAUUAUUCGAUCCGAAUAUGGCGCUCGUUUUGCAACAGAUGCAAUCGGUACGUUUCAUAAUCGUUUCAAAAAUUAUUUUGAUUUUAAAAUGGAGAAUUGAAGCGAUGCGUCAAGCAGCAGCAGCUGCUGCAGCUCAACAGCUCGGUGCAGCACCAAACGUUAGUACUGCAUCAAUGGCAGUCGAUUUAAUGCGAUUACAAAUGGAACAACAAAUGAUGGAUCGGUAUGCAGCUGCACUCGGUAACGCAUCGUUAGCAGCUGCUGCACAACAGGCGGCUGCACCAAACGUUGAUCUUAUGCGGCAGCAACUUAUUGCUGCACAAAUUCGACAACAGCAUGUGCAACAACAACAACAACAGCAGCAACAACAACAACAGCAGCAGCAACCAUCGUUAGAAGCGUUAUUUGAAAUGCAACGCCAACAACAGCAACAACAACAACAUUUGCUUAACGCAUCUCGAGUAUUACCAGCUGGUUAUGCGUUGCCGUCAGGAAACGUUUCUGCAGCUGCAGCUAAUCCUCUUUCUUCAGCUCCGGGUAUAGUAGCAACUUCUGCGUCGUCGACAUCAACAUUGCCCCAGGGUCUUACAGCUGCUGCUAGUUUAUUUAGUCCAACACAUCUUAUGUCAGCUGCGGCAGCAGCAAAUUUUCAACAGUCAUUGUACGGUAAAAAUCCUUAUUCAAAUACAUUAGAACAAUUAGCACGACAAAAACGUGAAGGUGAUAUAAUGCCAUCGGAUAGAUAG